AUGACCAAAGAAGACCUCCUAAAGAAGACCACCUUGAUAAACGAAGCUCCAGUCGUGCUCAUCCAGGCCUGGUGGCGUGGUACCCAGGUGCGCAGGACACUCCUGCAUGCGGCCCUCAGUGCCUGGAUUAUUCAGUGCUGGUGGCGGCAGACACAGGCAAGGUUGUUUAAGAAGAGGCGGCAGACACUGUUGGAGUACUAUGCUCGGCAAGAAUGGGCAGCGGUCAGGGUGCAGGCCUGGUUUCGAAUGUGGCGAAUUCGCAGUCGCUACUGCCGCCUGCUCAAUGCUGUUCGCAUCAUCCAGGUCUAUUGGCGGUGGCGUAAUUGCCAUACCCGUGGCUUUAUCCAGGGCCACUAUGAACUCAAAGCAAACCUUCUGAAUCUUCAACUUGAAAUCUCAUUGGGUUCUCAGGCUUAUAGAGUGACACAACGCAUACCCCUUCCAAUAAAGGAAUAA